AUGUUUACCUUCAAACGGGCCUUGUUGACGGCCGUCGUCGUCCUGGGCUUCUUCAUACUCCUCAAGGGCUCGCAUACACAACCUUCCGCAGCCUCAUUCAACGUCAAUUCACCCAAGCCAACGGGCUCAUAUCAAGAUAAUCGCAAGAUCCAGAUCCAGCCUCCUGUCGCUGCCACAACAUCGCGACUGGCCACACCACAAAGCUCGACGACGCCGGCCGUCGCCGACGAACUUAAGGCAAAGAGCAAUUACAAGAAGGAGCGUCCGCAAAUAUCUUUGCAAGAUUUGCACGCCAUGCCGCUACGACAGCAACUGGCCUACCAAUUCCCUUACGACCCCGAGAGCAAGUUCCCUGCAUACAUCUGGCAAACGUGGAAGACAACUCCCUCGUCCGGUGACUUUGACGAGGACUUCCGCCCGGGCGAGGCUGCCUGGACCGAGUUGCACCCAACAUUUGUGCACGAAGUCAUCACCGACAACGUCGCUGCGAACCUCAUUCGUCACCUGUACGCCGCUGUACCCGAUGUCGUAGCCGCCUACGAGGCCAUGCCUGUCCCCGUGCUCAAGGCCGAUUUCUUCCGCUACCUGAUUCUGCUGGCAAGAGGAGGCAUCUACUCGGACAUUGACACACGCGCUCUGAAGAGUGCCACCGAAUGGGUGCCUGCCGAGGUGCCACGUUCGAGCUACGGUAUGGUCAUUGGCAUCGAAGCCGACCCUGACCGUCCGGACUGGCACGACUGGUACUCGCGCCGCAUCCAAUUCUGCCAGUGGACCAUCCAAUCAAAACCCGGUCAUCCCAUCCUUCGCGACCUGGUGGCCACCAUUGCUCACGAAACUCUGCGUCGCAAGGAGGCCGGCAAGCUCACCAAGUCGAGCAUUGAGUCGAUUGUCGAGUUUACAGGCCCUGCCAUCUGGACGGAUGCCGUUUUCGCCUUCUUCAACGACCCCGAUUACUUUGACAUGUCAACGAGUAAAGGCAAUAUUACCUGGGAACACUUCACCGGCAUUACGCAGGCCAAGAAGGUUGGCGACGUUGUUGUCUUGCCAAUCACGAGUUUCAGCCCUGGUGUUGGGCAGAUGGGUGCUGGUGAUGAUGAUGACCCCAUGGCUUUCGUGAAGCACAAUUUUGAAGGCUCAUGGAAACCCGAAAGCGAACGCCACAUUGGCGGAUAG